UCCAUCACGAUUGACGUAUGUCAUUUGUCACUGAACAGCUGAUCGGGGUCAUGUUUUGUGUUAUUGUAUAUGGCGAGUUUCUUAUUUAUUGCGAUCAUGUUCGGCAAUCUGAGUGCUUAUGCUCGUUUACUUGACAAUAACGAAAAACAGAGAUAUGCAGCGAAUACUGCAAUAUUCGGAGGUAUUGACCCAUAUUCGAUUGAACUGAAAAAUUUCAUUUUGCCGCUAGAUGAAUUGCCACGAAUUACAUCAGAGGCAGUUACGAAUUUUCUGAUAUUCAGAGUCAGUCCUGCCACACAAGCUGAAAUCCGGGCUUAUAAGAGUUUAGAUGCUUUCACACAAUUUGCGUCCAAGUGGAUAGAAGACAUAAAAGCUCUUAAAAUUAAUAAUUCAUUUUGUGUUAUUGGCAAGGUGAUGCACUUACAAAAAAUUAACAGCCCAAGCCUAAAUAUAUGGCUCUCUCUGUCAAGCAAUGGAGAUAUUUUAAAUUCUCAUUGCGAUUGUGUUGCUGGUUUAGGAGAGGCCUGUACACAUGUAGCCGCCGUGUUAUUUGCUUUAGAAUAUGUCAGCAAACAAGAAGAAUCUGUAACCGAUGUGCUGCUGGAUAGGGCCAAAAUCCAAGAAAAAUUUCCAUAAAAAGAUAAUCGAUAUUGAGUUCCGCCUACCCGAGAACUUACUUCAACCAUUUGCAGAAGAAGAGAUUAUUCCUAUUGAAGAAGAGAUAAUGCCUGAAAUACCGGAUGUGAAUGUGGAGGAAUUUUUAGCGGUAUAUAAAAAUAGUGGAACAACAUGUGUGUUAACUUUACAACAUACUUUAUUAAAAACAAUUUAUUACAACAUACUUUAUUAAAAAUUAUAGUUAUUUAAAAUACGUUUCUAAGAACUUUUCUUAUUUUAACCAGGAUAACUCGUAGUUACAGUACGUCUGUCCGUUCUAUAGCUACGGGGUAUCCGUGAGAGGGGAAACGA